GGCCCGGUGCGGCGCGGAGGAUGGAGGCGGCAGGCAGGGGCCGCCCGUGCUGAGACAGGCGGGCCGCGCGUGCCCCGGCAGGCAUGGAAAUCGGGCGCUGCGGGGAGCAGGAGGCGAGCAGAAAGGAGCAUUGGAAACUACUGGGCAAUUUGAAGACCACUGUAGAGGGAUUGGUGUCCAGCAACAACCCGAACGUCUGGUCUAAGUAUGGCGGCUUGAAGCGGCUGUGCAGGGAUAUGCACAGCAUCCUCUAUCACGGGCUUAUCCACGAUAAGGUGUACUGCAGGCAGAAGGAUUACUGGCAGUUUGUGAAAGACAUCCGCCGACUGAGCCCGCGCUCUGCUCAUCACGUGGAGAAGUUCAUCAGCCUGCACGAGAAUGGGCAGCCAAGUGCAGAUGGCGUAGGUGAUCAAGCCAUAGCGGAGCUGUGGCUACAGCACAGUCUGCAGUUCCACUGCCUCUCCGCACAGCUGAAGCCACUGCUUGAGAACAGACAGUACAUCAGGAAAUUCUACACAGAUGCUGCCUUCCUGCUCAGUGACGCCCACGUCACAGCCAUGUUACAGUGCCUGGAGGCCGUGGAGCAGAACAACCCCAGACUUCUGGCUCAGAUUGACACGUCCAUGUUUCUCAGAAGGAGUGAGGCCCCACUGCCUGUGACGAAGAGUCAAAGCCUGACAGCCCUCCCUGGUUCUGUAUGUAUCCCUCCUAUGGACUACACACAGCACAGGUACUUUGGAUCCUUCUCCAGUCUGCACCAACCAGCCUCCACCAGCAUGUCAGACAGGAGACUAGCAAGCUCCUCCGUGAGCAGCAGCACAAGCCAGCCUCUGGAAAAUGCCCUGUACAAUGUAUCCCUCUUGCUGCCUGAGGACAGAUCCCUUCUGGGCCAAACUGGCCUCCCCCGGCUCAGUGCUUCCUCUCCCAGAGACGACGACUCUUCAGUCAGCGAGAUGAGCACCAGCACUGUGACCAGCCAGAGCGAGGACCCCUGGGCGGGUAGCCAGGAUGACACCCAGAGCGAUGCCAAUGACGGGCCGGAGUAUCUGGCCAUUGGGAACCUGGGGCGGCGGGGCCGGGCCUGUAGCAACCAGAGCAGCGCCAGCAGUAGCACCACCAACAGCAACAAGAGCAGCAGUUCCAACCUGUUCUCAUCCAGCAGCUCCCAGAAGCCAGAGUCCAUCUCCUCCUUGGAAGACCAGGGUGCGAGCGGCGGCAGCCGGGGGAUGAGCCUCUUGCGCAGGUCCAGCUUUUCGGAGGGGCAGACAUCAACCCCCCAAGGGAUCCUUAAGAGAAGCCAUGCACGCUCGCACUCUGAUACCAACGUGGCCUCUGGGAAAACUCCUGGAGGUCUCAGGGAUAUCACCAUUAUAAUAGAAGAUCCAGUGGCAGAAUCCCAGGGUGAUGCCUUGAGGGUGCCGGGUCAUGUCUCCAGCUCCACCCAGAGCAGCGAAGUGAGCACGCCCAGCUCCCUCUACAUGGAAUACGAUGCUGGCCAGUACCUGAGUUCGGGGGAAGGGAUGUUCCGAAGACCCUCGGAAGGACAGUCCCUGAUCAGUUACCUGUCUGAGCAGGACUUCGGCAGCUGUGCAGACCUGGAGAAGGAAAAUGCUCACUUCAGCAUCUCUGAAUCGCUGAUUGCCGCCAUCGAGCUGAUGAAAUGCAACGUGAUGAACCGGCAGCUGGAGGAGGAGGAAGAAGAGAGUGACAAGGAGAUCCAGGAGCUCAAGCAGAAGAUUCGCAUCCGGCGCCAGCAAAUCCGCACCAAACACGUGCUCCCUGCCUACCGGGAGGUGGGCUCCGACAGCUUUGUGGCUACAGACAGUGAGUCCCAGUUCAGCUCCCGUGACUCCAUGUGGCUGUCUGACUCGGGCUCAGCAGAGGAUGUGGAGGAGUAUGAGAUAAGAGAUGGUAACGAUGGAUCUAACCUGAUUCAAAUGUCCAAGAACGGCCUGUCAGUGUCAAUGGCUUCCUUGUUUUCAGAUGCGGACAUCAAGCGGGAUGCAGCGUCUAGCAGGAAGUCUUUCCUCUCCUCGGAAUCCAUAUCCCACUCCUUCCUCCAUUCGAACUCAGCGGAGGCCGUGGCCAUGGGCCUGCUGAAGCAGUUUGAAGGGAUGCAGCUCCCAGCCGCUUCUGAACUGGACUGGCUAGUCCCAGAGCAGGAUGCCCCUCAGAAGGGCCUGAGACGGUCUCUCAGAAAGCUCUUUAAGCGUCCCCAGUGGUAUAAGAAAAGGCAGCUCUCCAAAAAGCUCCGGCGGCUCCUGCCAAUUCCGGACUCACUGCCCAUCUCGCCCGAUGACGGAGAGCACGCCGACAUCUACAAGCUCCGAAUCCGGGUCCGCGGGAACCUGGAGUGGGCCCCCCCUCGGCCACAGAUCAUCUUCAACAUUCACCCAGCCCCAACGAGGAAGGUGGCAGUAGCCAAGCAGAAUUACCGGUGCGCAGGCUGCGGCAUCCGGACAGACCCCGAUUACAUCAAACGGCUGCGGUACUGCGAGUACCUGGGCAAGUAUUUCUGCCAGUGCUGCCAUGAGAACACCCAGAUGGUCAUUCCCAGCCGGAUCCUGCGUAAGUGGGACUUCAGCAAGUACUACGUCAGCAACUUCUCCAGGGACCUGCUGAGCAAGAUCUGGAGCGACCCGCUCUUCAGUGUGCAGGACCUCAACGCCGCUCUGUACCGGAAGGUGAAGGCGCUGAAUCAAGUCAGGCUGUUGAGAAUCCAGCUGUUUCACUUGAAGAACAUGUUUAAGACCUGCCGACUAGCUAAAGAGCUCCUGGAUUCCUUCGACACAGUGCCAGGUCAUUUGACGGAGGAUCUCCACCUCUACUCCUUAAAUGACCUGAAUGCCACUAAGAAGGGGGAGCUGGUUCCCCGCCUGAUGGAGCUCAUAAAGGCAGGUACCCUGCACAUUGAGAGAUGCAUGCUGUGCCAAGCCAAAGGCUUCAUCUGUGAGUUCUGUCAAAAGGAGGAGGACAUCAUCUUCCCCUUCGAACUGAACAAGUGCAGGAUGUGUGAAGAGUGCAAGGCCUGCUACCACAAGUCCUGCUUCAAAUCGGGCUGCUGCCCCCGGUGCGAGCGCCUGCACGCCAGGAGAGAGCUGCUGGCCAAGCAGAGCCUGGAGUCCUACAUCUCUGACUAUGAGGAGGAGCUGCCAGAGGCAGUGGCCGCGACAUGAGUGGGGUGACGGAGGGGAAAGAGGAGACCAGCGGAUGUAUUUGUGUGCGUGGCCUUCGUCACCAGAGACUAAACGAGGGACUAACCUGACUCUUUCACAUUAAAGGAGCCUGUGGGAGGGCUGAAUCGUGGAGAUCUCGGAGCAGCAUGACGGGAUCUGCUUGGUUUGCUUCAAGAGAGCCGGUUUCUGUGCACUCUACACGGUGGUGUUGAGGACGGCCCACUCCGGACACUAAUUCUUGCAGUCGUGACCCUGCCGAGGUGGACACGCCGCUGUCUUUGUGCAGGGUCCGGCGGCGAGUCCUGUCUGUGCCACUCUCCGAGCGCAAUGAGCAUUCAUAUGCCUGUGUGCUCCCCCUGGCCCCUUAGGGAGGAGCUCAGCCAGAUGCUGUGUUAGCCAGGAGCUGCGCUGUCCUCCCUGAAGCAGGCUCUUGGGGAGCUUCCACUAGGUAGGAGGUGAAAGCUCCUGGCUAGCUCAGCUCUCCAGGGGGGAGUAACUGGAGUCCUGCUGCUGCCUAGGCUGGCUGCCUUGGGGCAAAAGAGAAGGGGCUUUUGCCAAGUUCUCUGCCUAUAACACGCCAUAUCCUUUGCUGCUGACGUGAUCUUUUUAACUGGCCCUUCUUCAGAACUGAUAUGACUUGAUUUGGGGGCUGGGGGAAGAAGCAGCAACAAACAGCGCCUUGUCCUCUGUCUGGCGGGAGCCAUCACGAACUGCGGAUACCCUCUGGGCUGGCAGAUCAGGCUAGAGCAUGUGGACUGUAUGUGACAAAGGAAUUGAUCUGAUUUUUCCCUUAGACCCGGCCCUGCUUUAGCUGCAUGCAGGCUCGGGGAGAGAUCUGUGCGAGUAGCUGUCGGGAGCAGCCAGUCUCUGCUAUUGAUGUUCGGUUCCUCAGACUGUGCCUGCUGCCGACGGAACUCCCACCUGCAGGGUGAAGGGUUGCACUUGUCGGCCCAGAGGCGUGACUGCCGCCUUUCCUGCAGCACUAGGUGCCGGAAGAUCGCCCUGUGCGGUGCUCUGGCACUGGCAGCAGGUGAACAAGGGGCUUCCGCAUUCUGGGCCAGAAGGUGGGGAGGCCACAGACAGUGAGAGAGCUGCAUGCCCAGCACGGGGAGAGGAAACGCCUUAGCUGAGCCGGAGGAAGCAGGUGGUCUGAAGCCGGCUUCUCUCUGCUGACCUUGCAGGAGAUGGGCUGCCAAGUGCUGCUGUUACCCUGGACUGGGGGCUGUGUUUGCAUGUGUCUGUCUGCCAGGGUAGGGGGGCUGGGCAGUUACUCUUAGAUCCAAGAGCAAGGAUCAGUUUGAACAGAGCCAGAGCUCAAUCCCCUGGGGUGCCAGGCGGAGUGGGGGCUCCUGCACCAGGCCCAGUGGGGAACCUGUCCGCCGGCACCUGAGAGCAGGUGGUGUGUGCCGUGGUGCUGCCCCCGCCCUGUAGCAUUGAACGCUCAGCUUGCCUUGUGGCGCUGUGAGAACCCCAUCCUCGCCCGUGGCCCAUGAGGUGUAGCCAGGCGACUUAGCUAGAAGCAAACUUCCGGGACUGCUGGAGACCUGUAGGAGCACAGGCCUAGAUCUCUGCCUCAUGCUGGGCACUCAGGUGACUCCACGUGACACUCACCCCUCCACUAUUUCGGAGCUUGAUGAAGCCACAGUCAGUCUCAGCGGAGCCUUUCUCCCAUCCAUGCUGCACCCUUGGUGUAAUGUGUCCUCCCUCCAGUGGAUUCUGGCCAGGCCUGUUCCAGACCUUAGCGUUGGUGUGUCAGACCUGCCAGUUCGUGCUGGGCUCCCCUGAUCCUGUGUGACCCCAGGCUGUUCUGUGACAUGCACCUUUCACCUCCCGCUAGCAGUCCAGUACCUGCUGGAUCAAACGCUUGGGGAGGCAGACAGAGCAGCAGCUGAGCAGGCCCCAUGCUUCAGCCUGCUCCCUUGGCUUUGGGAUGAGAGCUGCACUUAUCAUCUCCCUGGAUCAGGCGCCCUUGGGAGUGACCGCGUAAUGAGCGUCUCUAGCAGGACGGCCAAUAUCCUUGUAAAGGAGCUGCUCCCGAGCGCCCUGGCCUUGUGAUGCAGAGCACCACGAUGUCAGGAGAUUAGCCCGGUCCAGAACUUCUCCCCAGGACCUCAUGCUCCUCAGUCACUGCCUAAACCGCUUGCUGUGUGUUUGUGUGGAGGGAUGUGGUCGUCCACAGUGCCCACUGGCUGCCCCCAGCCCAGCGUUCCUCAGAGCUGGUAUCAGAUCAGUCCCCAGAGCAGGAGUAAAGCUGUUGAAUUGCCAUCCAGAGUCCCCACUGAGCUGGUGCCCCAGGCCAGCUCCUCUUCUCGGUGUAUCAUCUCAGUUGGGCUGAUCUCUGUGUACAUAGUGGUGUUUUAAGUUGCUCUCUUUUAAAGGCAGUUGCUCCUGUCUUUUUAACAAGCUGCUUUCAUUUGAGUUGGUCACUUGGGGCCAGAUUUUAAAGCUAUUUAGGUGCCUAACUCACGUUGAUUUCAAUAGGAGCACAGCAGUGCACAUCUUUAAAUAUCUGGCCCUUAGUGUCCAUCGCCUGCAGCACAGGAGGCCUGGCAUGGACAAAUUGCGCUCCUCCGGCCCUUCAUGCUAGCUCCGUCUGAGGAAAGCUCCUGGCACCCAGGUGAGCCUGGGCAGAGCCCUGUGGCAUGGCACAGAUGGGCAGUAUACUGGUAGUUGGUGUGAUUUGGGGGGAGUGUCCAGAGAGUCUAUAAUGCUACUCGCAGGUUCCUUCUUCAAUAUGGAGAUGCAGCCUGUAGCGACUCCCCGUUGGGGUAUCCAGUGCUCCCUCGGGGCUGCACGUGGCGAGUGGAUGUUGGGGCUUGUGCUCUCUGCAGGUAGCGGCUGAUCUUGGCUCCGGUUUAUGGAGGAUGGGCAUGUCAUGGGCACGUUUCCAGCGCAGCCGUUGGCUGGGUGCUCCAUGCAGUCGUGUACAUCGAAAGGCGCUGUUUGACUCGUGUAUGUGUGAGAGGUGGGGUGUGGUGUAUUGCCUGGAAGUGGGGGUGAUGGUGGCGACUCCCCCUCAGCUCCUGCCCUGAUUAGUAGCUGGCACUUCAGGCCAAGUGCAGGGCGGUGACGGGGUUCUAGCCUCUCGUGGACCUGGCCCCGUUCUCAGGGGCAGCUCUAGGUAUUUUGCCGCCCCAAACACGGCAGGCAGGCAGCCUUCGGCAGCUUGCCUGCGGGAGGUCCCCGGUCCCGCGGAUUCGGUGGCUUGCCUGCGAGAGGUCGGCUGAAGCCGCGGGACCAGCGGACCCUCCGCAGGCAUGCCGCCGAAGGGCCGCUUGCCUGCCGCCCUCGUGGCGACCGGCAGAGCGUCCCCCGCGGCUUGCCGCCCCAGGCACGCACUUGGUUUGCUGGGGCCUGGAGCCGCCCCUGCCUGUUCAUGCCAGCGGUGAAGUCCUGGGGGAGCUGCAGAGGCUGGGGCCGAAGUGAAACAGGUUGCAGGUGCCCUUGGAAGGAGGGCAGAUGCCGGGGCAGUCUGGGGGCCGGGGAAGGCUGGCUGCAUUUUUGGGCUCUGUCUCAGACAGGAUGCGCUCGAGGAAGCAGCCUCUCCCCCCCACGCACCCAUCAGUUGUGUAGGUAGGUUGACUUCCUUGCAGCUGCCGUUUUCUCCCAGACAAGAACUUGGGUGACUCUUAAAACGGCAGUGCAGUGGGACCACUGUUGUUUCUUCAGGGGCAGAGCACUGGGAGGUGGGCGGUGAGGCUGAUGGUGGAACCAGGUUCAGAUCAGCUGUUCAGUGAGAGAUCUCCAUACUAAAUGUAUCAGAAACCCAAGGAGUGACUGCUCUUCGUUACUCGACGAGGGCGUUACCCCAGGGAGCAGGCAGCUAUGGUAGGUGGUUAUACAGGGCAGGCCUGAGUUUUGGCCGGUGGUUUAAUGGGGAACUGAGAAUGCAGGAGCUCCAGAGGUGGUAGAGUUCUAUGUAAAGUGGAGAGACGCUAGCAUUAGUAUCCCAUUUCUACAUCAGAAGGAUGGUGGGAUCAAAGCCCAGGGCACCUGUAGCUCACCCAGAACUGACCUGUUGCAUGUGCCUUAACCUGAGAACUGACAGUCAGGGUCUGCUUUGGGAGUUUGCUUUGACACCGUCCCAGCCAAGCUGUAUUCAGGCUAAAUGCCCAGCCUGGAGGUGGUGGUAGCAGCAGCAAUCUGCUGCCCUCCCAUUUGUCACAUGCAUGGCCCAUGUCACCUCCUAGCUUUCAGCCCAAGAAUGUCGCUGUACUGCACUGAUGGCCAGCAAGCUCCAGCUGGUUCCGAACAUUGCAUGCGCUGUGGCUGGCAAAAGCCGAUCCCAUCCUACAAACUGCAGGAUGACGAUUUUCACUGUCCUACAGCCGUCAAAUCCCUCCUUUAGUGUCAGCCGUGCCUGGUCUGAGACCUGGCACUACUGUCCAGACCCAUGGUGGUAGUGGUGUCUGCCGGACCGAUUCCCUCCCAUGGGCCGGCUCUGACACAACACAACAGAACGUUCUGUGACAUUUUGUUCUGAAGCACUUUAACAUAGUGGGGUGUUUCCAUGGUGGCUAAGCCUCCUGGCAGUUUCUAGAAGCACUGAUUAUAUUUCAAAAGACAGCGAGUGGAUUUCUGGGUUUUGUCCCCCUUUAUGGUGGGACCUUUCUGGCUGAGACGGGAACCCCGCCUGGGAAUUCAAGACAGCAGAGGGGUUUAAUGCAAAAUGAUGCACAACACUAAUGAAGCUGCUACUGACCCGUCUGCCAGGCUAUUACCGUACUUACCACUAUAAAUAAGUGUAACUGUAUGUGUACAAACUCUUUGUAAAUACAGAGAAAGGUCAUGUGAUGCAAUGUACAUGCUAUUCAAUUGGAUUCCUCUGCUGUAUUGUACAGCAUAACAAUGAAAAUGCCGUCCCUAAUAAAAGAAGUUAAUAAGA